AUGGGUCAAAUAUUAUCGCAACCAGUGACGGAAAAGACGUCCGAAGAGGGCGGGGACAGCUUUGUUGCUUACGGGUUAUCUUGUAUGCAAGGAUGGCGGAUUUCGAUGGAGGACUCACAUUCCACCAUUUUGAACAUGAACGACAGCAAGACUGACGAAGAGCAAGUUGCCUUCUUUGGUGUUUACGACGGACACGGAGGAGAGAAGGUGGCGCUUUUUACGGGCGAGAAGCUACCUGGCAUCUUGAAGGCCACGAAAAGCUACCAAACCAAGGAGUACUCGCAGAGUCUCAAAGAUGGAUUUCUGGCAUGUGAUGUGGCCAUUCUAGAUGACGAGGAACUGUCCAAAGAUCCCUCAGGAUGUGCAGCAACUUGCGUGAUCAUUUCCAAAGAUAAGAUUUACUGCGGCAAUGCUGGAGACUCCAGAACUAUCAUGAGCGUCAACGGCCAAUGCAAGCCGCUGUCGUUUGACCACAAGCCAACUAAUGAAGGGGAAAAGGCCAGAAUCGUUGCUGCCGGCGGAUACGUCGAUCUGGGGCGUGUCAACGGGAACUUGGCGUUGUCCAGAGGAAUCGGGGAUUUCGAAUUCAAGCAGUCGCCGCACCUGCCUGCUGAGGAACAGGUGGUGACCGCUUAUCCUGACGUUAUGGUUCAUGAAGCUACGAAAGACGACGAGUUUAUUGUUCUUGCCUGUGACGGAAUAUGGGACUGUCUGACAUCGCAACAGGUGGUCGAUUUUGUCAGACGUGGCAUCAAGCUCAAGCAAUCGCUAACGGAAAUCUGCGAGUCCAUGAUGGACACGUGUUUGGCUCCUAGCUCCGGUGGGUCGGGAAUCGGCUGCGACAACAUGAGUGUGUGCAUUGUUGCUCUUUUGCACGGCCAGACUUUGGAGGAGUGGUAUGCCAAGAUCGGAGACCGUGUGGAAGACGUUGACAGGCUCAUGUCUCCAGACGACCUGUCCAUGGAUCUGUACAAGGUGAACAUCGAAUCGAAAUUCCAGCACGCGCGCGACGACGAGCAACCGCGUGGAGGCAGCCUUGGCAUGAGAAACAGAGACGAAGGCGACGAAGACGGUGGGCUCGAGAGCGAGUUUAGCGGGUCUCCAAUGCUGAUCCAGCAACUUCUUGCCGCAUCAAACAUAUCGACCAACAACAACAUUAUUUACCUUGACUCGUCCACCUCGUCCAUCCUCCAGUCUUUGGGUGUCAUGGGCGGUGAGGGCGAAGCAGACGACGACGAGGAUAAGGAUAAAAUGGUAGAGAUCGAGGAGGAAGAAAAAUGA